AUGUGGGAUUACAAACAGUGUGACGAGAUGUGCUCAGGACUGAAGCUAAACUUUAGCAAGGUGAAAGUGCAUCUAGACUGGGCGGCAGGCUAUGCAAAGGCGAUUGACAAGGGCAAAAGCCGUUUCUGUUACGGAGGAGCGGACAAUCUCCAUCCCCACGACUUGAAGUUUGCCAGGUUGCAUGUCAUAGCUGAGGGAACCCCAAGCGACGGUCAGGAAGCUUCAAAAGAUGGUCUGGAAAUGCCGUUUUCGGAGUUGGACGUCAACACGAUGGAGCGCUGCUGUUCCCCGGCCCCGUAUGGGAACCUCCUGAACGAGUCCACGCAAGUGAACCCUGCAGUACGCAAAGCUCUGGGCGCCCGCUUUGUGGUUGCGAAGGCUGACGUCACCAAGAGCAACGAUGACGACUGGGACCCGAGACGUAGCCACGAGAUCUUUUUUGAGACGAGGAUCCGCGCGGCGGUGAUGGAAAGGCUGUGCUUCUAUCAAAAGGUUUACCUGGAGCCCUACAAGCUCAACAUCUACGGCCCCGGGGACUUCUUCCGGCCGCACGUGGACACCCCAGUCGACCCGGAGCUCUUUGUGGGCACGGUUGUUGUUUGCCUCCCGGCGGAGUUCACCGGAGGAGAGCUAAUCGUGACGCACGGAAGAAUUACCCAGACGUUUGACUUCGCAACUAGGUCCGGCGAGAGAAACGUGUUCCAGUUUGCGGCGUUCUUCGGCGACUGCCCGCACGAGAUCAGGCCAGUUACGAGCGGGCGCCGCGUCACGCUGACGUAUCACAUCCUGCGCGAGCGGUGCCCGUAUCCUGGAGAAAAGAACUUCGAAGAAAGUGCUUACACGGAUUUCAGAUUCCCGGUGCAAUCGGACGAGUCUCGCCAGGAGACGGUCCGUGAACAGUUCAAGGCUGAGCUGCGGACGCUGUCAUCUCUCGGGCUGCCGUACGUGGGCUUCCUCCUCCAGCACGAGUACACGCAGAGCGGGGCGGUCAAAGAGGGGUUGAAGGGCAGCGACAGGAUGUUCCACGAGCUGCUGACGUCGGAGGGCUGGCCCUGCCGCUUCGUCCCGGUCCUCCUCGUCAGCAAACGGGACCGGGACUGGUGGGAGCGCCAUUCGUCCGCCCACGAGUGUGAGGUUGAAGUCCUCUCGUUCAGGAACCAGGACUACGAAUUUCUAAGCGGCUACACGGACGAACAGCCGGCGCUCGAUUACAAGUCGCCGAUUCCGUUCACGUGGUACAACGAGAGGCAUUCUGGGCGGCUGCUGCAAAAUCUGGAGCGCGGGGAGAAGUUUCUGGGGAACUCAACGGUGCCCGGGAAGGAGCUCCGGAUAUACCUUCAGACAGUGAUGAUUGUGGACCUGCGACCGGAGGAGAAUAAUUGGAUGGCUGCCAAAGCAACUGACCAGCCUAACCUUGAUGACGCGGGGGAAGAAAGCGAGGAGGAAGAAUGGUCGUACGAAGACAUAGAAGAGGACGACAACCGUUACUUCGAUAGCAGCGCAUGGAGACGGGUUUUCAAAAAGCACGAUGAUUGGUAA